AUGCCGUCUUUCUCCAAGCACCGCGCAGCCGACUCGCCUGAAUCUCCUCCCGUUCUUCCACCCAUCGAGUUUCCAGCUCCUCUGAUUUCGCACAACUACGCCCUUGUGUUCGGAGGGGACUCUGCUCUCGAAUUAGAGCGUGAGCGCUACGUAGUUCCGGACGCUGUCCAGCACCCGAACUCCACAGACGUCCCGCAGGCAGUCCCAAUCGUGAGCGAAGAAGCCAUUCGGAGCCCAAGUUCCACAGACAGCUCGGAGGCAGCUCCAACCGUGGGCGAGAUUACCGAGCGCUCAAACUCCAUAACAGUCCCGCAGGUAGUCUCGAUCGUGAGCGAUGAAGCCGUCCAGAACCCACGCUCCACAUACAGCUCCGAGGCAGCUCCAACCGUGGGCCAGAUUACCGGACGCUCAAACUCCAUAAUAGUCCCGCAGGCAGUCCCAAUCGUGAGCGAUGGAGCCAUUCAGAACCCAGGUUCCACGGACGUCCCGGAGGCCGUGGGCCAGAUUAACAAGCGCUCAAACUCCAUAACAGCCCCGCGGGUAGUCUCAAUCGUGAGCGAUGAAGCCAUUCAGAACCCAGGUUCCACGGACGUCCCGGAGGCCGUAGGCGAGAUUAGCAAGCGCUCAACCUCCAUGGUAGUCCCGCAGGUAGUCUUAGUCGUGAGCGACGAGGCCGUCCAGAACUCAGGUUCCACAAACGUCCCGGAGGCUGCUCCAACUAUUGACGAGACUAUCGACAAGUCAGAUUCUACAGUCGUCUUAGAGGCAGCUCCGGCCGUGGGCGAGACUAUCGAGAAGUCAGGUUCUACAAACGUCCCGCAGGCAGUCUUAAUCGUGGACGACAAGACUAUCCAGGGCUCGAGUUACACAGACAUGCCGAAGGCAGACCCAACCAUGAGCGUUGAGACUAUCGAGAGCUCAAAUCACACAGACGUUCCGCAGACAGCUUUAAUAAUGAGCGACGAAGCUGUCCCGAUCUCAGGCCCGGCAGACGUCGUGAAGGCGGCUCCAAUGGCGGACGACGAGACUAUUGGGAACCCAAGUUCCACAGACAUCGCAACGAUGGACAGCGAGAUUGAUCAGAAAUUCAAGGAAAUCGAGACAGUUCUCACAGGCUUGGAAGCAGCCAUGAAAAAGAGGUUGACGACGUCUCCGACUCUUCAGGCAAAUGAGGUCCCAGUACCGACGGCGGGUGCUUCUCUUCACGACGACAAAAAGGUGCGGUUUAAGGAGAAUGGCGAAAUGAAGCGCACCGGCGUUCGAGACCUCUGGCGUCGUGUUAUUUCGAAGGUUAAGAAGAUGCUUUCGAAGAGAAAGGCCGAGAAGGUGAACAAGGUUUAG